UCAUAGAGGGUAUCAUAGAGCCGAUAAAAUUAAAACAGGUAUGAUAAAAAAAUACCAGUGAGAAAACCGAACAACUGAAGAAAUCGGUCGGUGUUUGGAGCUCAUUUUAUUUGUAGAUUGCUAGGGUGCACGUUGAUGUGAAUGAGACUUUCACUGCUUAUCUUCUUUGGACCUACUUUUACGGUAAAGGACGGUUCAACAUCUUACACCAUGUUUGUGUACCAUAGUAACCGGUGAAAUGGAAGCAUUUCGACGAUUCUGUGGUUCAGCCCAGUGAUGGAUCUGUAAAACAUUGCCUGACUUUAUCUACAAUGGAUGCUAGCAAUUCGGGAGAAGUGAAAUGGACUUUGUCUUCCUCAGCUGUUCCUAAAGAUGCCGGACCGAAGUAUUCUCGUAUUUCCGAGCACUUUCGGCACGUAACACCUGGUGCUUUCCAAUGCUCGAUGUUUUGUGGAGGAAAGCAGUGCAAAUACGAAAACCCUGCUAAGAUGAAAAAAGAAGAAAUGGCAAUAAAUGGACUUUAUUCUUCAUGGUAUGUAUGAUCCUAAUUAUACGGUUCGCCGCGCAAUCGCAAGGAACUCUUUUUGAGUGUACUGUCGUAGGUGUAUAAUGAAGAAGAAACAGUCAGGAAUUUGUGUAUUUCUCGUUGUAUAAGCGACAGGUUUGAAAAAGAGAAUUAAUUGGCGUAGUCGAAUAAACUUUGUGUGAGUCAGUUGCCAACAGGUGUUUUUGCUCCCACUCAGAAUCACUUAUAUAACAGUAAGCUUUUCAUAGUCCCCCAUAUUUCCGUAAGACUAUCGAGAUCGAGCAUUUUCUGUUACAGGCCGCCAUCUUCAUUUCAUAUGUACUGUAGACUACGAGUAGUUCCCCAUGUUUCCUCAGGGAUAGUAGAGCGAGCAAAACGCGAGCGCGUGUGAAAAUAACCCCACGCAAGAAAAGGUGACACGCGGCGGGGAGAGAGAAAAAUGAGGGACUACAGACAACGCCCAAGCUUUUGAACUAAUGCAUUGCUCUCACAAAGCAAAACUCUGAUUGGCUCUUCCAUGGAAAUCUGUCAACAUCUGUCAAAAACGUGCCAGCCGCUAUCAACACUUGACAUAAUCAUAAUUUGCAGAACAAAUAACUAGAGCAGAACAAAUAACUAGAGUUGCUCUUGUAGCAGCAACUAAGAAGAAAGCCAACCCGGUAACUGAUGAGGUUCACGUGGAGAACCAAAACCAUGGUCUUGCCUGAUCACAAAGUGGGAAUAACAGAACAGUCGCAAGGCUGUUACAAAUGUAAGCUUUUUCAAAAAAGGAACUACGCACUCCAGUCCAAAGACUCACAUUAUCUCCAGAAAAACAAGUGGUAGUUAAAAUUCACAUCGCAGUUCUCCAUGGUUGAUGUAGUUUUAGUUUAAGCUGCAAUCCAUUCUUCGAGAUUUGGAUAUCACUAUCCGUCGUGCUAAAAACGCUAACGAGUUGGGCCCAGCAUGACAAAACAUUGCAGGAAACUGUCACAUUCACAGCCAAAAAGAAAAUCGCUUAAAAUUAUUGAGAUCCAGGAGGCAGUCGCCGGAGAAAUUAAACAACCCAAAACCCUUAUUUGGCCGUAUUGAAGAGCUUUACUUUCAAAAGAGGUCAAAGAAAAUGCUCUUGCAUCAGAGGGCAAGUCAUGCCGACCAUAAACAAUAACCGCAGAAAAUUAAUAUGCGUGUCACGACCUUUCAGUAUGACUAAGCGGCAAAAGUCACAUUUGCUCAGUCAAAACGUUUUCCUCCAGAGAAUAAUCUACCCGUCUGGAAAAAAAAUGGAACAAGCAGCAUUUUACCAUGACUAAAAGUCGUGUGUUGACUACACUAUCAAGUUCUUCACGCGAAACAGCCGUGAAGAAAAUUAGUAUCUGGGUUUUCUUUUGCUUGAAAUAAAUAUCCCCGGCCCGCAGUUUACCGAUGACAAGAGCAAUGACAGCUCAAUGAGGCAAGGAGUCCCAUUGGAUGCGCUUAAUUGAUUUGGAAGGGGAUGCACACUUCACACUCCAAAAUCAGUCGACCGUGAAGGGUCAAAAGCUUGGGCUUUGUCUGUAGUCCCUCAUUUUUCUCUCUCCCCGCCGCGUGUCGCCUUUUCUCGCGUGAGGUGAUUUUCACGCUCGCUCACGUUUCGCUCGCUCUACUAUCCCUGAAGAAAAAUGGGGGACUACUCAUGGUCUAUAUGUACCGAGUCUACUGUCUACUGUCUACUGCGCCACCCUAAGGGAGAAAGGGCGGUGCAGUGGUGAGAGCACUUCCCUCCCACCAAUGUGGCGCGGGUUCGAAUCCUGGUGUCGACUCCAUAUGUGGGUUGAGUUUGUUGUUGGUUCUCUCCCUUGCUCCGAGAGGUUUUUCUCUGUGUACUCCGGAAACCAAUAUGGCGGCCCGUGACAAAAAGCUCUUGAUCUUGACCGUCUUACAGAAAAAUAGGGGACUGUGAACAGUCAAAUAUAAGAGUUAAACAAGGAACCCUGGUGAAACUAACUGUGUAAGGUGCAAAAAGGAUGCUCCAUUUAGCAUGCUUCCCCCCUCCUGCUCAGGCUUUCCCCUUUGCACAUCUCUUAACUCAAGUGGGGGGGAGGGGGGAUGGAUAUGGGGUGCACUCCCUUGUUUGGCCUAAACAGGUAUGUGCCACUGAACAGGGUAAUGGUUUUCUGUAGUUAUUAAAGCAAGGAAUUACCUACAAUGAGCUACUAUGAGCUACAAUGAGUUAAAACAAGGACACUGUUACAGCAGCAUUUAAGUUUAGUAUGUGUGUUAGCAAUGACGGGAAAUACAUCUGUAGUUGCAGGCUAAGCGCAUGUAUAAAUACUUCAAAAUUGAAGGGCCUUGAUUCUAGAGAAAUUACGUCAUUGCCAGAGAUAAAAAAAGUGAUUUAUGGCCGAAUAUAUACCGCUUGCUCAUUACCCUAACCCUAACCCUAAGACCUAUUUGCAUACAAUGAAAGUUUACAACACCGGACCAGUUAGUCUUUUGCUAAAUAAUUAAGAUUCUACUUCUUUUUUUUUUGACCACUGAAGUGUUAACUUGUUCCAAAGUAAACAAAAGGUUGGCAUGAUUUUAGUUUACAAAUUAAAUUUCUUUAUGCUGUUUGUAAAAUGAAUUUGAAGAACUCAGAGCACACCUCUAUCCAAACUUCCUUUGAGUGCCUCCUUCCCACCCCCCUCCCACCAAAUGGAUGCCUCCAUAGUCCAAAAGCUUCAUUUCUAUAAAUCAAUAAUAAGUUGACAAAGCAUAUUAUCUCCUUGGUAUAUAUUACCAGUAUUAUUUUUUUUUUGUUUUGUUUUACCAAGGGUCACUCAAGACAUUUUGGCCACAGCUCGUCCAUCUACCGAGGUUAUUGAGAAAUAUCAAGUGAUUGAUCAGUUUAAAAGGUGUGUUAGCUUAUAAUGAUAUCAAAUGAUCAUAAUUCUAGAAAUACAUAAAUAUUAUUAUUAAGAGAGAGCCUUGUCUGAAAAUGACCUCAAUGUAAACAUUUCUCAGACAGAGCUGUUUUGGAUUAUUUGGGUUUUCAUAUGUUACAAAUAAAUGGCUGACUAUCACGGAGGUCGGGAAGCAUUGGCAAAUAGAAAUGCCAAGCUUUGCUCCUGCUUUUUCCCCAGCCAUGAGGGAUGACCAGGGAUAUUUACAAUAUUUUUAGUUUUUAUUAGGUAUCAAAUCUGAAACGUUUGGAAAAAAUUGAAAUUCCCAAUUGACAGGAUUUUUCUGAGAUUAACCCAGGCUUGAGAGUCAAAUUUAUGUGAAAAAUGCCUCCAGGGUGCUCUUAAAGGUUGAAAAUUAAAUCAAAAUCCGACUGUAUUAACGCUUUAAACCCUAAGAUCAAAAUUUGAAUUCUCAUUUGUUGCCCAUAUUCAUUUCCUACAGAAGUAGUGGGGAGAAGUUCAUAAAAUAUCAAGCAAAUUCAUCUUGUGUGAUCAUGUUCACAAUUCCCUUGACUACUCUGUUUUAUAAAGCAUUGAUACUACAAGGAGAAAUUUGAUGCUGAUCACUCUUAGGGCUUUAAGGUUAAUGUAGUUGCUUGAGGUUGCCAAGCACUGAGAGUCAUAAUCUGCAAGCCAUAUUUAGGACACAAAAGGGAGGAUUGGCUCCCAGGCGUACCUAGCGGCAACCAUGGAACCUGGGAAUAAGAAUCGUGACGACUUUCACUGUAUGCAAAUGAGAUUCAUGAUGAGCAACUGGUUUAUUUUUGGCGAUGGUUGAGUUAAUGUGCCUAGUUGAUCACGUUCUGGCUUUUUGGCAAUGAUGCAAUUUUCCCCAAAUCAAGGCCCUUGAUUUCCAUGUUUUCAUACACGCAUAUUAAAAAGCAAAUACCCUGAAGAAUACUCAGUAAAGUGGGACGUUAAAAUAUUAUAGUGGAGGAAAUCCUGUUUCAUGGUGUAUUGAGGCAUUACGUUUCUCAGAAUAUUGCUGCAAUUACUGAAACUCUACGGUUGAAUAGAUUCGAUUUGCAGAUUCACUUUGUUGUAUGUUGAAAUUAAUUAUUUUAUUUUGUAAUCAUCUAUUGUAACUAUAUUUUUCUUUCUAUGUUAUUCUCUGUAAAUAGUGUGAAAUAAAUGAACCAUGAACCUUGAAUUGAUAGAUUUUUGCAGUUGUUAAUAUGUGAAGUUGUGUUGCACUUUAUAGAUAGUUGAGAUAUCAGUGAUUUAACCUUCAACUAAUAGAAGCAACUUCAACUACUCUGAAUCUGAGUGACAUUUAUACGUAUGUAUCGUGGAUGUGUUUGUAACGGUAGCUUUGUACUUGACUGUCAUGCAUACUCUACUUGCAGCACUUCAUCAGCCAAAGGAAACUACUAGUCUACAAAACAGUCUAUUUAUUUCCGAGGUUCUCUUGUCUGGGAAAUGUGUAUUUAUUUGUCAUACUCACAUCUUCAUUGAUGUUUUCUUGAUGUCGUAGAUUUGCAAGGUCUCGAUCUUUGCCUCAUGGGAUUGCCUUUGAUUCUGGAAGAUUGCUUGAAAUUACAGCAUUAUUGCCUAGCUAUAUAUAUAGAUUGAACUAUAAUCUUUUCCCGUUUAAGUUUAGUCUGAUUAUUCUAUGUACCAUAAGGCAGUCAGUAGUUAUGUGUAACCUAUGCCUGCACACUGGCUCCUUAAAAAUUUAUUUGCUCAUUUCUUAGCUAAUCUCCAAGCAACUUUGAGUUGACACUUUAACAGUGUCUUGGUAAUCCUUGUCUUAGAUAUUCUUUUCUUUUUUCAAAGGAAUGGAAUCAAAUCACUGAUAAAUCUUCAACAUCCUGGAGAACAUAGCAGUUGUGGAUUUGGUCUUGAGCCUGUUAGUGGUUUCUCUUACAUCCCAGAACACUUUAUGCAAGAAGAUAGUAUGUGCAACUCAAGUAUAAGUAUUUCAGAUAUAAUAAUUGAUUACCUUAAUAAACCUGUGGUAUAGAGGAUUGGGUAUAACAACAGAACACUAUUACCUAACCUAAUAGACUGCAAGCUGUUUAAUAACGUUAAUGCUUGAUUAUUUACUUCUCUGUUGGGGCUUUUCAAAAUUUAAUAAAAUGCAUUGAAACAUACUGAAAGAAGGUUAUUAUAUUUCAUUAUAAUUAACAAACAUUACUAAAUAAGUGGUUAUAAUCUGACAUAUUAUUUUGUUAAUAACAUUAAAUAUGUUAUGUUGUUGAUCAUUAAUGUCUCUCUCUCUCUUCUCUUUUCACAUGUGUUUGAUAACUAUAAAGUUUUCUUCUACAACUUUGGUUGGUGAGUACUCCUGUUCAUUGAACUGGUGAAUAUAUGCAGUUAUUAUUUAUUCAAAAUAUUUCUCUGUUUCUGAUAAGUGGCUCAAAUCCCCCAGCUAAUAGGAACUAAUUAAUUAUUAAUUAAGAAUAACUAAUUAUUCUUCAUAAUCACCUAUUGUUAACCAGUUGUAAAAUUCUGGAAAAUUGAUAGCAAGGUGACCAGACAUACAGUUUAGUUUAUCCUGUUUAAUAUUUGAACCAGGGGUUUAGUUUCGUCAUAUGUGGCACAGGCUAAUUGCAAAGCAGAAAGGCUCCAAAUUCUAUUUUGCGCAAGAAGUCCAAUAUAACUACGUCCCUUUUGAUGCUGUACUGCAAAAUAUGUGCUGUUUUUCCUUUCUUUCUGGCAGGAAUGAUUAUGGUGUGCGAUCAUUAGAGUCUAUUCUGGAUAUGGUGAAGGUUAUGUCUUUUGCUCUACAGGAAGGAAAGGUGAUUCAUUCAAGAACUGGGUUAAUGCAGGAUCGACCCAAUAGACACCGAUUAUUUGUGACCUUAGUUCUCUUAUGAUUUUUUACCUGACGCCUGAUAUUCAUGGACUGACUGGGUUACCAGGUGGGAAAUUGUGGUCAUCAGCAGGCUUUAAGAAUAUAGCGUGAAUGGAAUUUGCUAUAGUAGGGCCACAUGCAGCCUGGAGUAACACUUUCACUUCACUGAUGUUCAGGACACAUAGAAACUAAAGAAGAAAUCACAAACAGGGUUCUAUGUUAGGUGGAACCAUUUGGUUUAGACAUAAUCACUGAAAUGUCAUGUCUCUUUAUAACAAAUAGUUUAAUUUCGUUAUCUUUUAGGUGGCAAUCCACUGUCAUGCAGGACUUGGUCAGUUUCUGUAAAUGUUGUUUUCUUUUUGGUUAUAGACAUGAAACAAAUUCUUCGAUAAAUUGCUUAUACACUGCCAAAACCAAACCUUAAUUUUAUGAGUUGUCUUUCUCCAUUCCAAUAAUGCAUAAGGGAACCAGAAAGAGCACGAAAACCAAGGAAGCUUUUUCAACUGAUUGUUCUUUGUAAUGAAAAACUUUUAUUGUUUUCUGAUUAUGUGUUUACUGCAUGACCACUUAGGUUGCACAAGGCAACCAAAGAAGCAAACUCUUCUUAGUCUUGUGACAACUAACUACAAAACAGGAAAUAUAAAUGAGGGGAAAACAACAGCAACGAGUUUAAGUGAGUCACUGAUUUCAAACACAAUGAAGGUAUAAAUUAAAGGAUGAUUGGUGUCAGGGAAAUUAGUUUAUAUUUUUUUAUGCUUAGUAAAACAAGUUUGGGUAAAUUAGAACAAGCUACAAUCCACUUUUGCAAAUCACCUUCCAUUUACAACAGAGAGAUCAUUUCAGCGAAAAUGAGAGCGAGAGAGAACAUACUUUAAACCUUAGAAUGUGUCUUUGUGUUUUACAGGCAGAACUGGUGUCCUUAUUGCUUGCUAUCUUGUAUUUUCAGAGAGAUUACAGGCUGAUGAGGUAAAAACAACGUGACCCUGCUGUGAUAUUAUUUGACUGCAUAUAACUUAGGAGUUGUGUGACAGUCUGGCCUUCUUUUUAUCCCUUUUUUUUGUUUCAUUUAAUUUUAGUAACGUUGUUUGGAAUUGCUGUUUCUAAAGCUUCCAUGUUCAUUAGUGCUUAUGUUUUCCUUAUUUUCUCAGGCAAUACAUCAGGUUCGAUCAAACAGGUAUAGUGAAUUCCAUGUAGGUAAUAUAUUUGCUAAUACUUUGUUUCACCCAUAGCAGUAUAUUCUUCUAUAAGGCAACAUAUGGAUAAAAAAUCUUGUGACUUAGAACUAAUUGACACCAGGGAUGAGAACUCCUUUCUUGGUGAGCCAACAAGACUUGCUGCAUGACUUGGGUUUUGGUAUCUGGUUGUAACCAGGUUAUGAGAGAUAAUUUUCUUAGAACUGGUUUUGUUUUAUAUUAAAUGAGUGUCUUAAAGUGAACCCUGCAGGAUCUCUGACAAUUUCAUUUUCAUUUGAAAAUGGUGUUAGAAACAGUGUUUCCAUCAACAAAAAACAAACUCUUGGAGUCACACCAAACCGAACACAGUGUGCACAACAACAAGCCAGCAUAACCAAACACUGAAUGAAAGAUGUAUAACCUAUAUAUUUUUUUUCUUGUAUUUUUUUUAAGUCCAGUUCUUGAUGCACGUGUCGUGUUGUGUCAGUUAUUUGACACUCUUUACUUUGCAGGCCCAAAGCAGUACAGACUCGGGGACAAAUUCAAUGUGCCGUUGAUUUCACAAACUUUUUGCACCAUCUUUGGGUGGUAUAUCCUUCAUGGUGAGCUUAAUUCUUUAAAAAAAUAUUUUAGCUGUAACUGAUAUGUUAAUUGUAAAUUUUUAAGGCAGCUUGAAAUGAUAACAUGACUCUCACAUGAAAAUAACAUUAGUGAUUUUUCACAACUACAGUUAAUGGUCGAUAUGUUUUUACUAUUAUUAAAUAAAUCAUCUGACUUCUAAAGGACGCAAAUCAGUGGUCCUGCAGGCAACCCACUCAGGUCCCUUCGUUAGUCAGGAAAAAUGGAGAGGUCUUUAAAAACACAGAAAACUGAUAUUCAUACAGUUUAUGUAGACAAGUCUGGAUAAAAAUGCGGUAAAGGAGAGUUCUACUGCUGAAGAAAAGUUACUCUCAAAUCUCGAAAACUUUUGAACACCUGGAAAUAUAUUUGGGGGCAAUAUGAUGAUUGUGCUCUGACCAAUCACAUUGGAGAUCAGGAACCGAUCAGGACACAUAACAAACCUCAAAAUGAUUAGUGCUGUUAGUGCUUGCGGUUUAUUUAUCCCUACAGAGCAACUUAGCACGAGCUAAAUUAAUACCUACUAUGCAAUGAAUGUAGUACUGAUGUGUUCUUUUUGACUUUACAGCGCACCUAGUGCAAAGAAGUUUACCAUGCAACAAUAUCUUAAGCGGCAGAGAAAUCUUUUACAUGGCGUGGAGUCACGAGUUCUUAAAUACAUCCCCAAGGUAGAUGUUAAACUUACAGAAAACAAAACUUUUUCUUGUCUUUCGACUUUUUUAAUUCGUGUACCGUUGUAUGAAGAAAUGGUGUCAUAGGACGGCAAGGUGAUAAGAAAAAUGAUUAUGGUUGUGAUCAGAAAUAUGCUUCUGUUGUGAUUUACCAUCUUUAUCAGAUUGAAAUCGAUUUUGGCUUUGACUGGAUAUAGUUUGUUAUAUUUCCGGUUUGCAGUUUUUUUUGUAUCUUAUUCUGUUGAAUUAUUUUCCCCUGUGUUGAAGCUGGUGUACUUAUGUUGUUGUCGACUAUUGGAGGUGGCUGGGGUAAAGAAAGAGGAUGUCCCUUUUACUUGGACACUCUCCAGAGAAGUCAAAGCUGUUUUUGAGGAAACGGAUGAAAAUGACACCAUAAGUGAGUCUGCUGAAGAGUUUGUUCAGCCUUCUAUCUUCUCAAGGGAUAUAGUAGAUGCCGUCAAACAUAACCCUUAUGUGGAUUCUGAUACGCCAUCAUUCGAGACUUCAGUAAUGCAACGUUCUCAAAGUUGGGACGCAGUUCAAGAAGUUACUUUAAAAGGGGAGAUUGGUUAUUAUAGCCGAGGAAAGCAUCUCAAUGUGGAGCAGUUGACAAAUGGAAGGCGUGGGUCAGAGCCUGCUGGCAGUGAUCAGAGGGCAAUGUCGGAUGGUCUUCCAUCUAAUCCUUCUCCACGUAGUGUGAAACUUGAACCACUUAACCUGUCAACAAGAAAGAAAAAUCAAAAAAAAGGAAAAGGGGGGCAAAGAAACAGCAACGAAACAGUGAAUGAAAUGGUGAACAUGGACAGUUUUUUAAGUUCGUUGAAACAAAACACAGUACAACCAGGAACAAGUGACAGAAUCCAAGCAGCAAAGUGCCUGUCAUCAAGCGCCUGUGCUGAUAGCAGUGUACAUAAUAGAGUGGAGAGAAUAAAGGUGAGUGCCGGACUAUUAGCUAGUACUCAGUCGCCGAAUGACGGUACAUAAUAGAGUGCAUGGAGAGAAUAGGUUGAGCGGCAAGCUUUAUUACUAAGUGACUGGUUAAGUACUGAACGUUUGGAAUAUUCAGCGUUAGUAUCAUUUGUAUGGUUGUUACGUAUAAUUAAUCCAGGGCUCCUCAGAAGACUAGAGGUUCAGUAAUGAAGUAACUCCUCGGAUUAUACCAUACCAAUAGGGAUUCAUUUCUAAGUUUCCUAGCUUAUUGGCGGUCAGUUUUAACCCUUUCCUCCUGACUUUGCUGAUUUUCUAAUAUUAAAAAAUUGAGGCUCAGAAAGAGUUAGACACACAUAAAACAGAGUUACCCUGAUCUGUUUCCUCAACUUCAAAAUAUUCCUCACUUUACAGUGAAACGUCUCAGCUGCGCCUCGUGGUUCCACUAGAGUUUUGAACAUUUCUUAAGUCUGUGAAAGCCAGGAUGAGAAAUGUUGUCGAUUUGUUAAAUACAAGCACAUUUGAUAUAAUCAAAGGAAACACUGCCGGGCCAUGAUAUGUGUCCCGGCAUGCAUUUGUGAAGGCUGAGUUUCCGUGGUCCGGAUUUUUCUGCGGUUUCUCCGUUUUUGCUUUCUUAUCAAAAAAUCGAACUAGAAAGUGUUUCUAUUUAUUUGAACAUACUCAAAGGGCCACAGGUUUAUAAGUUCUUAGAACAGUUUAGUGGUACCCUCUCUAAAAUAAGGCUAGUUUAGUCUUUGGUUUCCUGGUUUCUAGGUAUCGAUGACGAAAGAUUUCCGUUUCCAUUUGGGGUUUCACUAUUAAAAUUCAAGACCCAACUCAUGAAUUUUUUAAAACUGUACAAGAUUCCUGUUUUUCUGCUUAGCGUAAACUGAACAGCUCUGAUAGCUGGGAGGAAGUAUGCACGGAAACUGAUCCCUGGGUGCUAACUCGCUUAUUGUGGACUUGGUUGGAUAAUUUAGCGGUAAGUACAAAUGACAGACGGAACCGAAUACUGCUGGUAUGGCUUAAUGUUUCCAAGAUAGCAUAAGAAUUAAGAGCUUUCUUCGUUGUUAAUAAAUGCUAUAAAUCAGAUUCUCAUACUUUAAGGAGAUAACACAGCUUUCAAAACAGCUCAUCCUCGUGUUGCGGGUCUUUUUUUUUUUUCAAAGGAGCCGGUACUUACAAACAGCGAGGUGUCAACGUUAGAGGAAAACAUGAAUGAUCCUAUAGGAGCUGUCAAGAAACUUGGCCGUGUAAGUUUAGACUGCCGCCGCCGACAAAUGCUUUCUUUUUCUCCCUUUCGUUCUCUCCUCUUUCCCUUAUUUCAUGCCUUGCCGGCCCACUCCUAGCCUUUCCUUGUGUACAUGUGACUAAUAUAGUUUUUUAUUACAGUAUUUUUUUGGUGACGUUUUUAGUUUUAUUUGUUGUAGGGUGCAAGAGACACUUUAGAAUGCCUGAUAACUACUAUCUGCGAGGUAAUUCUGUACCGAGAGAUCUGUAAGUUUUAUAGUUUAAGAAUACAUUCUAUCAGAUAUCUGUGUCAGGAAUAUUUUACCUCACUUCAACCAGUGUGGUGUAAAUCAGACACACUUAAAAACUUUACCACUCCGGCGUAGAACUGAAGUGAAAUUUGAAAAAAAGCACGCAAAGAAAUAUAACGUUUCCUUCUAAUACUUCUUGAACCGAUCUUUUUGUAUCCUUGUGCCGGCGGCCUGGUGGGAAGCUUUUAAAAUUGUCGUUGUUUACUGUGCAUGACUUUGCAAGUAAAAUUUUAAUUUGGUUUUUAAUUGCAGCUGGAACCUUUACCGGAGGAGCUAAGUGAAAAAGUAUUACGUCACACAGCCAUGAUUCUCACUCACAACAAGGAACUGUCUUUAACUCAAACCAGACGCAGGUCUGAGCAAAGUCCUGACACAAAUACACAAGAAAACCGCGUAGGGGAAGUGGGUGAUCUUUCAGAGUCAUCGCUUUGUUCGUCAUCAUACAGAUUGCUUCGCUUCUUAAGACAGCUGAUGAAUGCAUUGAAACGUUUAGGAGGUUUAACUUAGUGCAGCUACCUUCCCGGAUCGCGUUAUACGUAUACAAGUCUUGGACCCUUUACCGUGCUGGUGCCCGCGUUGCUCUAACGGACAUUACAGUUCCCACUAGAAACUAGUAACUACUGUGUGACCAUGCAGUAUAUAGAAACCAUGCAACAUUUUUCGUGUUUCUUUCUCGAUAUUCAAUUGAGGAAAUUAACUUAUUCAGUAUUUAUUCAAUCCUUAACUGGAUUCAGUACCUUAUAAAAUUGUAUUUAUUAGUUUUGCUUAACUAAUCAAUUUUUAUUUAGUUACAUCGCAUGCCGCGCCGUAAUUCAGUGAAAUGUAAAAUUAAAUUGUGCUACGUUUUAUCGUAUUUAGUGCUGGUCUGUGUUGAACACUCUUCCUGAAUCGGAUGCCAUACCAUUUUGUAAUUAGACUGGAC